GAAAAAGAAAAAUUGAACGAGCCUGAGAUUUCUCCUUCAGUGGUACGUCUUCCUCGUCGAUCGUGAAGUCCGGCGGUCAUACGUCUUCCCCGUCGUUCUCGAACUUCAGAGGUCGUACGUCUUCUCCAUCGACCGUGAAGCUUUUGCUGUUGCUCCUAAUUUGACCUACAUCGCUACCACGUUCUCUCGACCUUCUCCUGAUUCUGAAGCUAAAAGAGGGAUUUUACAGUCAAUAUUUGUUUGGUUCUUCCUCGCAAUAAUCAUCUCCUUCAAGGAAAAGGUGCAUACUCUUCGACAUGAAGGGUCUACUAAUAAUGAACAAAUCUUUCAGAAGCUACAUGGUCCAGAGCAUUUGGAGAGGGUUCGUUGUGCUGCCUUGGGACCAAUCCCAUCGACCUAUUUUGUGCCUUCUUCUUCCUCAGCUUCAACAAAUUCUACCACGACAUCAUGCUCUACUGAGGUAGUCACUCUAGGUAUUGAAGUGGUUGAACUGAGAAGUGAAGUGGUGGAACUGAGAAGUGAAGUGGUGGAACUGAAAAUGUUCUCUGGUUAUGAUACUGUUCUGCUUUCCAUGGUGCAGGAACCUUUGAGAUCAAUGGGGAAUCAGGUAAUUUCAGGUAUGCACUUACGACUACAAAGUCAUGGGAGCCUUUCCACAUUGGAACACAAGCUCAACAACAUGCAUGAGCAUAUUAGGAAGGAUUUAGCUACAUGUCACCAACACAUAGAUGAGAAGAGAAGCCUUGAAGAGUACACAAUGCUGGUGGAUAUGUUUGAGAUGAUCCACAUUGACAGCUUGAAGGUGCUGAAAGCCCUGAUUUACUAUGAGGAUGAGAUGGAACCACUUGUGGAUCUACCAAGAGAAGGGUUAGUUAACCAGGGAACAGUGGCACUUCAGGAACAAGCCAUCCUUGUGGUAUUUGAUCCCCAAGGCAAGGUAGUCAGGCCCAAUGCCAUCCACAUGAUGUGGAUUUGGGGAAGCAAUGCGUUUCCUUUCACAAGCAGGAGGGAGGAGGACUUGUGGAACAUGGGAGCAUGGAAGCUCGAGCUUCUAGUCAAUGGAAUUGAUCCAAUGAUCCUCAACACGACGAGGAUCUGUGUACUGGCGGAGGAGGAGGAGGAGGAGGAAGAGGAGAUCUGUGUACUGGCGGAGGAGGAGGAGGAGGAGGAGAUCUGUGUCCUGGCGGAGGAGGAGGAGGAGGAGGAGGAGGAAGAGGAGGAAGAGAUCUGUGUCCUGGCGGAGGAGGAGGAGGAGGAGGAGAAGGAGGAGGAGAUCUAUGUCCUGGCGGAGGAGGAGGAGGAAGAGGAGGAGAAGAUCUGUGUCCUGGAGGAGGAGGAGGAGGAGCAGGAGGAGCACCACCUGGCUGAAUCCCGAAGUCCAUCGUCUCCGAAGUAG